AUGGGCUGCUUCAACACUCAUGCAUCGGGUACUCUGGACCCGCCAGAGGUCCGCAAUUGGCGGAUUCACCUCAUUGCACUCAUCGCUUCGAUGUCUGCACUAGCUAUGGGCUAUGACACAGCCGUCAUCGGUGGAACUAUGGCUCUCAACUCCUUCAUUCGUGACUUUGGCAUGAAUGACAUCGCAAAGAGCAACCGCGACACAAUUCAAGGCAAUAUCGUCUCCACAUUCCAGGCGGGAUGCUUUUUCGGGGCGCUUCUCGCUUUCCCUUUCGCCGAACGCAUUGGGCGAAAGAAGACAAUGAUAAUAGCUUCCACAGUGUUUCUACUCGGUGGCACACUCAUGACUGCUUCUCAAGGCAGUCUCAAUAUGAUCUAUGGUGGACGAGCUGUAGCAGGUCUAGGCAUUGGCGCAUCGAGUAUGGUCGUGCCUGUCUACAUUUCUGAAACUGCGCCACCUUCCAUUCGUGGUAGACUGGUCGGUAUCUUCGAGAUUGCUUCCCAAGGUGGAGGUAUGUUGGGCUUCUGGAUCAACUAUGCUUGUGAUAGAACCAUCAGUGUCGAAAGCAAGACGCAGUGGAUAAUACCUCUCGCGAUCCAGCUCAUACCUGGUCUGCUAUUGCUUCUCGGUGUCGCAUGGUGUCCAGAAUCACCGCGAUACCUCGCAAAGAAGGACAACUUCGAAGCAGCAGAACGUAUCUUGUGUAAGAUCCGGUGCCUAGACGGAUCUCAUGCGUACAUUCAGCACGAGAUGAGCGAGAUUCGGGCGCAGGUCGAGGAGCGUAGCGCUAACCGUCAGAGCAAGAAGGCACAAUUCAUGAAGCUGUUCCAGAAGGGCGUACGAAACCGAAUGGCUAUUGGUCUUGCACUUAUGUUCUUACAGUCAUUCACGGGUGUCAACAUUAUCACCUACUAUGCACCUCGCAUAUUCGAAACACUGGGUAUUUCCGGCACUUCGCUCAAGCUAUUCUCCACUGGCUUCUACGGUAUCGCGAAGACACUCGGCAUGUUCACCUUUACCUUCAUCGUUGUGGAAAAGGUUGGGCGUCGCAAGGGGCUUAUUUGGGGGGCAGCGCUCGGUUGCAUCCCCAUGUGGUACAUCGGUGGCUAUGUCAUGAAAGCCGACCCGGCUGGAGCUGCUUUGAGAGGCGAUAUCUCACGCGAUGGUUGGGGUUACCUGGCAAUGGUCUGCGUUUAUGUCAACGCCUUCAUCAUUUGCGCAACAUGGCAAGGUAUCACCUGGACUUACGCAUCGGAAAUCUUCCCUCUCGACAUCCGCAUGCUGUGCGUAUCGCUAACAACCGCCGACACCUGGCUUGGUUCGUUCAUCAUCGCGCGCAGCACGCCAUACAUGAUUUCGGAUCUUGGUUAUGGCGCGUACUUCUUCUUUGCUACUAUUCUCCUAAUGAUGGGUGUUUGGAGUUUCUUCUUUGUACCCGAGACGAAAGGUAUCAGUCUUGAGGAGAUGGACGCCCUCUUCCUGAGGCCUAUGCAUCAGGCUGUGUGGGCGCAGCUCCGUGGCAAGCCAAUUUUGACCGAAGAGGAGGUCAUCGCGAGAAACAAGGGUUUAGAGCCGGGACACGAGAAAAACGUUGGCGUGGAGAGGAUCGAAGUCGUAAAGAGAUAA